GGCGCCGCCCUCCGGCCGCGCGCGCGCCCGCCAGUGGCGCAGGAGCGGCUGCCGCCAUGUCCAUCUUCACCCCGACGAACCAGAUCCGCCUCACCAACGUGGCCGUGGUGCGGGCGCGGCGCGGCGGAAAGCGCUUCGAGAUCGCCUGCUACCGCAACAAGGUCAUGGGAUGGCGCAGCGGAGCGGAGAAAGAUCUCGACGAGGUCCUGCAGACGCACACGGUGUUUGUCAAUGUUUCCAAAGGCCAGGUCGCAAAGAAGGAAGAUCUCGUUCAAGCCUUUGGGACAGAUGACCAAACAGAAAUCUGUAAGAUGAUUUUAUUAAAAGGGGAGCUGCAGGUAUCAGACAAAGAACGACACACACAGCUGGAGCAGAUGUUUAGGGACAUCGCAACUAUUGUGGCUGAUAAAUGUGUGAAUCCUGAAACAAAGAGGCCAUAUACAGUAAUCCUUAUAGAAAGAGCUAUGAAGGAUAUUCACUACUCCGUCAAACCACACAAGAGCACAAAGCAGCAGGCAUUGGAAGUGAUCAGACAGUUAAAGGAGACCAUGCAAAUUGAACGUGCUCACAUGAGGCUGCGAUUUAUUCUUCCAGCGAAGGAGGGGAAGAAACUAAAAGAGAAGCUGAAGCCACUGAUUAAAGUUAUUGAGAAUGAAGACUUCCAUGAACAGUUGGAAAUUGUGUGCCUUAUUGACCCAGGCUGCUUCAGAGAGAUUGAUGAGCUGAUCCGGAGUGAGACAAAAGGGAAAGGAACACUGGAAGUGCUCAGUCUGAAAGAUGUGGAGGAAGGAGAUGAAAAGCUUGAAUAAUGAAAACCUUCCUGCAGCAGUUCUACUUUAACAACAUCCUACAAAAUGACUGGCAUUAGCCGCUCUCUUCUGUUAGGCCUUCAUGUUUUUUCCAAUCUCUUGCUGCCAAAUAUUUUCUGACACUAAUCCUUUGGGAUUUUUCCAUGCGGUGUGGUUUUUUUUAUCAUUUUACACUUGCUUGGUUUACAAAUGUCUUUGCCUGCAGGAACAUUUUGUGUUGGAGUUGCACUAAUGAGGAUUGAGUUAAGACAUGAUAUGAAAGUUACUCUGGCUUUGAUUUACUUUAAGAGUUGCUAUUGAAGAGUGUUUGGCUGAUAUGGUGCCAAUCAUUUUAAGUUGUCAUUGUUGAGUGGAAAAUUGCAUAGGUUACUGAGGGGUGGGUUUUGUAUGUGAGGAGAGGAACCUUAAGAAGAGCGCGCUGCAUUUUCACUUCUAAACAGGUGCAAAGUGGAUCAUGUCUAAAAACCAAUCUCUAGGCAGCAUGAAAACUGACUUAGACUUCCAUAAUUGGCUGCUUGAUAAGUAGAGUACUUUAAAGGACCAUUCUGAAAGAUUUCCUUCACUGGUUGUAACAGUACUUGCUGAUGUAGAAAAAAUGUUUUCCAAAUAACUUAUUCGUAAAAUAUAUUUAGCUACAUUAAUAAAAAUUAAUUAUCAUCUAUUUAUAUAUUAUAGAUACAGAAAGAAAUAAUUAUUUUUGUUAAUAGUAUAGGAGGUAUCUCUGGCUGCGGUGAUGCUUUUAGUAGGCUGAAGGGGUAGCUUGCGCUUGUGAGCUGUUCUGGUUCACAUGAUAAAAUGAAUCUCGAACAGGCAGUGGUGGCCUCUGGCCAUUGAGCUAGAGAGGCUUUUAUUGGGCUGUAAUUCCCUAGCAGUAACUGUUUGUAUGUGCCCCUUUUCUUUUUAGUGCGAUAGAGAACAAUUCUGGCAGCUGUCCUUUAUCUUCUGUCUUUUUAUGCUGCUUUCUAAUACAUGCACAGAACUUCCAGCCAGCUCCUGAGGCACAGUACAUAGUUCUUGAUAAUUCUCUUAAACCUUGUUUCAGCUGUGUUAAACAAAUGCUUUUAAGUUGAACGUGGGUAUUUCAAAGAAGAGGGGAAGAGAGGACAACAACUGGAGAACGAGAUACUAAAACUACAAACCACCAGGCAAAGCAUAUAUGCUUGGGUGACUAAAAGCUAAACCAGCAGGAAUUUAAGGAGCCUGUAGAAUUACAUAGCUGUUUCCAUGCUGCUAGUACACAGCAAGUCAGGAGCUGCAGGCUAGACAACGACUAGACCUCUCUCCCAGAUGAGCAUGUGUUGUGUUCGUUGUUUGCUGUUUGCUUUUAGAGUGCAUGACUGUCUGUUAUACGACAAUUCAACAGAGCUCUGGUUUGUACUCUUGACGUGACCUUUUCCUUUGUAUCAUUAACACGUUGUGAAUUUUCUAGAAUUUAAGCAGGGAGAGUUGAAGUCAGCUGGAGGAGGAAAGGUUUGACCUGUCAAGUGCAGGGGGCCUGCGGGACUAGAUCUAAGGCUUCCUUUUGGAAGCUGAUCUCUGCACCAGUCUAUUGACAAGCUUGUGCAAGGUUGGGUUAAAUUUCCUUAGUAAUAUUUUGGAAGGACUUGCCGCUAUAGAGUCUGUGUUCUGCUGAGAGCCAGUGAAAUGGAGAUUCUUGAACCGUUUUAUCCAUUUUAAAAUGCUUUCUCUUGCCCCCAAGGUAAUCUUCCAUGGUGUUUAAAUGCUGCCCAGGGAAGUUUAGUGGCAUAAUUAGUGUAUUUGCCAUGUGGACACAGCCUGAAUGUGGAGAUCUCUACAUUUAUGGACAGAUUGGCAAGAUUCCUCAUGUGUACAAACCCUUAACUGCUUGUUUUUCAAACGGCCAUCUCUUUAUGCACACUUUAUGAAGCACUGAAGAUGAUAAUGUUGAUAUUGAGCUUGUCACUGGCAAUUAGCGCUAACAUGCAAUUCAUAAAUCUGCAAAUGAGACACUGAGUAAGAGCCUCAGAUGAUACUGUGUCAGCAAUACUUGAUUUCACAGUCCUGUAAUUUCUUUGUGUUCUAUGCUCAACACCUAGAGCGCAAUAGGAUGGCUGCACGUUAAAGAUCCUGAGUUACAGAAACUUCAAGCUGAUUUAUGAGCUUGGUGCUAGGAAGGCAAUUUCCUUACAAAGUGUUUUUCUGCAAAUCAAACAUUAAGGAUUUUCCCUGGUAGAGGGAGCUUGAUUCUAUUUAUCAACAAAUAAAUGUACAUGCUUGCAUUUCUCAUCAUAUUUGUAGUUCAGCAAGAACGUGUGGUAAGCAUCAAAAUAAAUAUCAGUAUUGGUA